AUGAAUAUUGUACUGGUAACAUGCAUUUUGGGAACUUGGCUAAUCCCUGUUUGGUCUAGCACAAUAAAAACAACUUUCACUAGCCAGACAUAUUCAAACUCAACCCAAACAAGUCCAGAUUCACCUCCAGCAUCUUUUAGUUCAACGAGAUCGUCACCAGUAUCAACAACCCCAACUCAUAACCCAACUCCAGGGGAAGAAUGUGCAAAGCUGAAUACAUCAUGUGAUACAUGUAUAUCAAAUAGCAAGUGUUUAUACUGCUACAGUGAUAGCACUUGCAAACUGUACCCAUCUGGCAAAAUUCUUCCAUCGUCGGAUGAUUGUGCAUUAGAUGAAGCAAGAUGGGGAGUCUGCUGGCUGAACUUCCAAGCUAUGAUCAUUUCUGUGAGUGUUAUUGGAGGAGUUAUUGUCUUCACCAUAACAUUCUGUUGUAUCUACUACUGCUGUUGUCGUAAAAGUGGCAGGAAGAAGCAAGAGCAAGAUGAUACAAAAUUUGAGUCAAGGAAAAUGGAAAGAAAGGUUAAACAGAACGAACGUAGAUCAGACAGAAAAAGUCGCAUGGAUGAUAUCAGAAGAAAAUACGGUCUCAUGAAGGACGACACUCCAUACCAGCAGUUUGAAUCCUAA